AUGCUUUAUUUGGGCUGGAUAUUUCUUUGGCUUGUCACAGGAGAGAGAAUUAAAGAAAUGACUACUUCAGAUUGCUUCACCAAGAACGUGCUUUGGGAAUAUUCCUCAACGAGGGAGCAAUUUGUCUUAUUUUGUAACUUAACAGAGUCACAGACAUGCCACUCAUCCCACAGAAGUCAACUCUCACCAACCCAAGGUUCUGAAAACUUGCCCUGUAGUGGUUACAAGGACCUAUCUGAUGUCCAGUGGUAUCUACAACCUCCAAAUGGAAGUCAACCAUGGGAAAUAAUGAACAACUCUGCUCACAUCAUUGAAAAGGGCAUCCUACACUUUUUGACCAUGGAAAUACGUAGUCCUGGAUCAUAUAUCUGUAGGCCCAGGCUUAUUACCUCUCCUAGGAGCCCUUGUUGUGUCAAGACCAUCUUAGAAGUUAAGCCCAAGACAAAACUACCCUGUAUACCACAAAACUCUGUAUCACAUGAGCAAUACCUUCUUCUUGGUAGCACUGCCCGUAUUCAUUGUCCUAGCCUCAACUGCCAAAGUGAUGCACAAAGUCCAGAGAUGACCUGGUACCAGAAUGGAAAGCUACUCCCUGAAGAAAGGAGCAACUCAAUCCUGGUGGAUGAAGUUUACGAAGAACAGGAUGGCACAUAUGUAUGUGAUUACACGGAGUUGGUUAACACAAGUUCAUGGACAGUCAGAGCUGUUGUUCAAGUGACAACCAUCGUGAAAGACACUAAUCACAAACCAGAUAUUCUGGAUCCCAUCAAGGACACACUGGAAGUAGAACUUGGAAAGCCUUUAACUCUUAACUGCACGGCACGAUUUGGCUACCAAAAGGACUUUAUGCCUGUAAUAAAAUGGUACAUUAAAGAUUCUGACCAGGAGUGGGAAGUCCCAACAUCUGAGGAGAUCAGUGUAAAAUCUACCAAAAAGGAUAAAGUCAUUGCCCGCGUUAUCCACUUCAAAGAAGUUACUCAGAGGGAGCUUCGCAGGAAGCUUAUUUGCUUCGCCCAGAACUCCAUCGGGAACACUACCCAGUCCCUCCAACUGAAAGAAAAGCAAGCAGUGGUGUUCCUAUACAUCCUGCUUGGCACGGUCAUGACCCUGGCAGGCAUGCUGACGGCAGCUGCUCUGCUCUACAUGUACUGGAUUGAAAUAGUCCUGCUGUACCGAACCUACCAGAGCAAGGAUGAGACCCUCGGGGAUAAAAAGGUAUUUGAUGCUUUUAUAUCUUAUGCAAAAUGGAGCUCUUUUGGGAGUGAGGUCACUUCCUCUCUGAGCGAGGAAUACCUGGCUCUGAAUCUGUUCCCUGAAGUUCUGGAAAACAAAUAUGGAUACAACUUGUGUUUGCUCGAAAGAGAUGUGGCCCCGGGAGGAGUGUAUGCGGAAGACAUUGUGAAUGUGAUUAAGAAAAGUAGAAGAGGAAUAUUUAUCUUGAGCCCCAGCUAUGUCAGUGGACCCAGUGUCUUUGAACUACAAGCCGCAGUGAAUCUGGCCUUGGAUGAUCAAACACUGAAACUAAUUUUAAUUAAGUUCUGCUCCUUCCAAGAGCCAGAGUCUCUACCUCAUCUUGUGAAAAGAGCUCUCCGCGUUUUGCCCACAGUCACUUGGAGAAACUUAAAAUCAGUCCCUCCCAAUUCCAGGUUCUGGACUCAGAUACGCUACCAUAUGCCAGUGAAAAACUCGAAAGGAUUCAGGUGGAACCAUCUCAGAAGUAUCCCUGAAUUUUUUCACUGGAAAUGACUCAGUAAAACAGAAACCACUGGGAGGAGCUCCCAGCCUAGGAAAUGGUGAAGCAGACCUUGAACCAUCUCCUCUCUGUCUCUGGUGAGUAGAGAUGUGGAUGGACAGAACACACAGCACGGAUCGAGCUCAUAGAGGAUGGGAAGUGUUUUGUGACUCUGAGCAAGCCUGGCAGGCCUGGGAAUAACCCCGAAGCUCUGGAUAGUGCCUCCGAUAGCCUCUGGACAGAGGGAGAAGACAUUCUCUGGAUGCUUGCACACAUUCAGCACAUAAUGCCCCUCAGACUUUCCAAGCGGUCUGAGCUGAACUGGCAGAUACAGUCACUUUUGCUUUGAGUU